AGGUAUUGGUGAUAGAGGGCAGCACGGGGUUUAAGGAGAAGGACAAGAUGGCGGCGCCCUCGCUGCUGAGCUGUGGGCGGGUGGCUGCCCGCAAGGCGGUGCAGCUGGAGGCCUGGGGGCUCCGAGGGGCGACGCUGUGCACCCGGCCAGGAGGCUCCGGGAUGCCGCCGGACAGCAUAUCUGCAAAAGAAGGUGGGAGCACACUGAAUACUAAUCCAAAGGAAGUUUCAAAACCUGAUGAAGAUCUGAGAAUGUUGAUGGCAAAAAAAACUGUGGUUGCAUUUCCUCAGCAAGUGAUUGUUUCUUCUCUUGAGGAGGCAAGACUCAGUAAAAUUGCAAAAGGAGGAGGCAUGCGGAAAGAACUAGCUGAAGAAGAAACUUCGUCUUCAUCCAGCUCAGAUUCAGAUUCUAGCUCAGAUUCUGAAGAAGAAAACGAUGAUGGUGAUGAGUCAGGAGUUUCCUUUAAAACCAGAGUGGAGUUUCCUAGGCGAGAUUCCAUCAUUUCUGAGAACAUACCAAUAAAGACAUCACAGCUACCAAGAGAUGACUUGUCCCAGAAAGACCACAAAGAAUACAUAGCUAAGAAGAAGCCAAGCAAAACGGAAACUGAUGUACCUACUGUCAAGCAGGUUGCAUUUUCUAAAGCAUCAGUCAGUCAUGAAACAUUAAAAUCCGAAGCGAAAGACCCGAACACAAAAUCAGCUCCAAAAGAAGCAGAUCAGCAGAAGCUAGUUUUAGAACCACACUUGAAUAAAAACCAAGUUUUGACAGAUUCCACUCUGAAAUCUGAUUAUUUGGAGGAAAAGUCCCUGAGAGCCCAAACGGCAACUACUCAGCUGAAAGCUCCAUCAGUGACUCAGGAAGGCAAAGAGCAAAACCUGAUCUCUAGAAGGGAAGGAAAAAAAGUCAAGGAGACACAGAAAUCAGAAGAAGUAGAGGUAGCUUCUCCUAAACAGGAAGAGGAGAUUUCUGAAAGCACAGCGUUGGUGAUGGGCACAAAGGAAGAGACUGUUCAGGAAGCAGGAGUCCAAACUGGAGAAAGCAGCACCAUAGAUGAGGCUACAGCAGCUGCUCAGCCUGCUCCAGAAGAAUUUGAUAAUUCUACCUACAAGAACCUUCAGCACCACGAAUAUAACAUCUAUACCUUCAUUGAUUCUCUUGUGGAUCUCUCAAAAUUCAGGCAGCCGCAGCCAUCUUCUGGAAGACCAUCACCAAGGCACUGAAAGAGCCACAAUUAAAUGCACAAGCAGAAUGAUAAUUUCUUCUAUUUAGCUCUAAUGUAUCAUCUGUUAUAAAUCAAUAAAUGCAUGAUAAGUAAUGCUUGAGUUUUCAAACAGUUUUUGGUUCUUGGAGUCCCUCAGUUCUGGAUUUUUAUGAUCAAGCUAUAGGUCAAUGAAUCAUCAAUGAAUAAAAAUAGGCUUUUUAACUCUCA